UUUGCCAACGUAAGAGCUGUCAUCAUAGAUGAAGUCAGCAUGAUUGGUGCUGACGUGCUUAAUACCAUCCACAGCCGCCUCCAGGAAAUCACAGGGAAUUAUAACGAUUCGUUCGGAGGAAUGUCGAUUGUCUUCUGUGGUGACCUGAGGCAACUCCCUCCAGUAAACGCGCGGGCAAUUUACAAACCGUGUGCAAAUUCAAUGCACGGAGCUAUACUCUGGCAGUCACUAGACUUCUUCCCGCUGGUGAGAGUCAUGCGCCAGACUAAUGAGCAGUUCUCCACAAUCCUUACCAAGAUCGGAAACGGGGAACGGCUGGUCUCGGACGAGAUUAAGCUAAUUGAAAGUAGAUUCCGAACAGCUGAGUGGUGCAAGCAGAAUGUAACAGGUGCUAUUCGCCUGUUUCAUCGUAAUGCUGACGUUGAACGCUACAAUUCCGAAGCACUAAGCGAUCGAGAUGCAGUGGACUGUGUGGCUGACGAGGUAUACUCUGGAUACAGGAACGCUUCGCAGUUGGCCAGCGCACGCACUAAAAUGAAUAAGAUGAGUGUUGUGGAGACUGGGGGUUUGGGAUACAUAUUGCGACUUGCCGUUGGAACGCCAUACAUGAUCACUGUAAAUGUUGAUGUUGAGGAUGGUAUCGUAAAUGGCGCUAUCGGUGAACUACAAUAUGUGGAGCACACUGAAGACGAUCUUCAGCAGCCAAUCACCAAGCUUUGGAUCAAAUUUGAAAAUGAUUCUAUAGGGAAGACAUUGAGAGUCAAAUCGAGGCCUCAUGUGUGUUCUAAGCCUGGCGUACUUCAAUCUAACUGGACUCCAAUCAGCAAGCGAUCGGCAAACAUUUCGUUAGGCGCCAGCAUUAAAUGCAAGCGAAUUCAAUUCCCCGUGGUGAGCGCAAAUGCUCUUACUGUACAUAAAUCUCAAGGUGGCACGUUUUCGGAAAUUGUGUACGAAUACGACAAGGGGCAAGAACAGUAGCUAGUGUAUGUUGGGUUGUCCAGAGUAACAGCCAUCGAAGGGCUUUAUUUGACCAAUGCCAAAGACAUGUUUAAAUUCUUCCACGCAAAAGGAACCGCUUCACCAAGAGCUCAGGAAUUACGAACAGAACUGCAACGAUUGUCCAACCACCAGUUGCGUACCAUCGGGAAAGAGAUUAUCGACGCGAUCCAGACUCAUAACGUAGCUUGCAAAGUGAUGAGUGUUAAUGUGCAGAGUCUCAAUGCACACUUAUUAAAUGUGACCUCUGACCAGGUACUGAUCCGUGCAGAUUUGCUAGCUCUCAGUGAAACAUGGCUUGAAGAUGACGCAUUCGUUGAAAUUGCUGGAUUCAACUUGAUUACUCAAUCCAAACAUGCUGCUGUCAGAGCCGGUGGCGUGGCGAUUUACCAGCGCAUGGAACUGUUGACUGCUACUGCACACACCAUCGAAAAACUUAGUGAACACCACGACGAGCAACUAUUGAUUGCAGACCACUAUGGUGAUAUAUGUGUAGCUGAGAUCACAAUUAGUAACACCAGAGUAUUACUUUUCUGUGUCACCAGAUACCACGACCAAACAGAAGAAAUUUUUCCUGAUACGCAACCUUAUGAUGUACUCUCGAACAGAUAUGCCCAUAGCUGUCACUGGGG